AUGGCGACGCAGCAGCUGCAGGUGCUCUCGGCGCUGGACGCGGCCAAGACGCAGUGGUACCACUUCACGGCGAUCGCCGUGGCCGGCAUGGGCUUCUUCACGGACGCCUACGACCUCUUCUGCAUCUCGCUCGUCACCAAGCUGCUGGGCCGCAUCUACUACACGGACGCCUCCAGCCCGAACCCCGGCUCGCUGCCGCCCAACGUGGCCGCCGCCGUCAACGGCGUGGCCCUCUGCGGCACGCUCGCGGGCCAGCUCUUCUUCGGCUGGCUCGGCGACAAGCUCGGCCGGAAGAGCGUCUACGGCAUGACGCUGAUGCUCAUGGUGCUCUGCUCCGUCGGCUCCGGGCUCUCGUUCGGACACACCCCGACCAGCGUCAUGGCCACGCUCUGCUUCUUACGCUUCUGGCUCGGCUUCGGCAUCGGCGGCGACUACCCGCUCUCGGCCACCAUCAUGUCCGAGUACGCCAGCAAGAAGACCCGGGGCGCCUUCAUCGCGGCCGUCUUCGCCAUGCAAGGGUUCGGCAUCCUGGCCGGCGGCAUCGUCACGCUCGGCCUGUCCGCGGCGUUCCGGCACGCGUUCCCGGCGCCCGCGUACCAGGUAAACCCCGCCGCGUCCACCGUGCCACAGGCCGACUAUGUCUGGCGCAUCAUCCUGAUGCUCGGCGCGGCGCCCGCGGUGCUCACGUACUACUGGCGGUUGAAGAUGCCGGAGACGGCGCGGUACACGGCGCUCGUGGCCAGGGACGCCAAGAAGGCCUCUCUAGACAUGUCGAAAGUCCUUCAGACGGAGAUCGAAGCCGAGCCGGAGAAGCUCGAGGACAUGGCGAGACGACGCGGCGGGAACGGCAACGGCUCCUACGGCCUCUUCUCCUCGGCGUUCGCCAAGCGCCACGGCCUGCACCUUCUGGGCACGGCCACGGCGUGGUUCCUGGUGGACGUGGCCUACUACAGCCAGAACCUGUUCCAGAAGGACAUGUUCAGCAGCAUCGGCUGGAUCCCCAAGGCGCGCACCAUGGACGCCUUGGAAGAAGUCUUCAAGAUCUCGCGCGCGCAGACGCUCAUCGCGCUCUGCGGCACGGUCCCGGGCUACUGGUUCACCGUGUUCCUCAUCGACGUCAUCGGCCGCUUCGCCAUCCAGCUGAUCGGCUUCGCCGGCAUGGCGGCGUUCAUGCUGGGCCUGGCCGUGCCGUACCACCACUGGACCACGGCCGGCAACCACGUGGGCUUCGUCGUCAUGUACGCGCUCACGUUCUUCUUCGCCAACUUCGGGCCCAACGCGACUACGUUCAUUGUCCCGGCCGAGAUCUUCCCGGCCAGGCUCCGGUCCACGUGCCACGGUAUCUCUGCCGCGGCAGGAAAGGCCGGCGCCAUCAUCGGCGCGUUCGGGUUCCUCUACGCGGCGCAGUCGCCGGACCCGGCGCACGUGGACGCCGGGUACAGGCCUGGGAUCGGCGUGCAGAAAACGCUGUUUCUGCUCGCGGCGUGCAAUGUUUUGGGAUUCUUCGUCACCUUCCUCGUGCCCGAGUCCAAAGGGAAGUCGCUCGAGGAGAUGUCCGGCGAGGCCGGCGGCGAGGAGGAAGGCAAUAGCGGGAGCGCCAAUGCCGUCCAGGGAGAUCAGAUGGUUUAAUACUUCAGGACGUGACUAACACAUGCAUCUUCAUUUUGCACAUGCGUACAAGCCGAUUGUUUUGGUUUUUUUGUACCGUGACAUUUAGGAAUU